CACAAUCAGUCCUUCACUUUAAGUCGACUAUUUAUUUAUUUCUUCAGUGUGACGUAAACACUGAUCAAAGAGAGGAGUAGAAACAACAAAAGAAUCAUAAGAGUGGGGUGUCUGGAGUUGAGGCUGGCAGGGAUCAUAGAAUAAGAGGAAGGAGGGGAGAGAGUUUACUGUUCCUAAAAUAGAGAAGAGCAGAAAGGAUCCUCAGAGCGAUCACUCUUAUUUUAGAUCAGGUGUGGGUGCAGAGAUCUUCUCCAUUUUCCAUCCAGGAAAAAAAAGCCAUCCUCGCUUGCUGCAGUAACCAUACUGUGACAUAACCUGAAGACACGUGGUAGAAGGUGAAACAUACCAAUUAGGGAACGAAAUGGCUGAAGUGGUGAACGGCGUUGCUCUUAUGUCAUUAACGUCAGAGGAAUCACUCUACAAAUUGCUUGAUGACACGGAAGAUUAUGAUGAAAGGAAAAAAGUUAGGAAUCGCCUCAGACAAGUUCAGGCAGAGCUCAGAGCUCAAAGAGAAGAGGCGAUGAAGAAGCGAGAACAGGAGAGAGAAGACAUGAUCUUACAGAGGAAAAGGGAUGCGGAAGAAUCAAAAAGGAGGAUGCUAGCUAUGUACGAUCAAAUGGCGAAAUCAGCCCCAGCUGGCGGACAAAAGGUCAUGGACAUCAACAUCUACAAAAAUGCAGAACCAUCUUCCACACCUGUUCAAAUGCCUGCCAAGAGAGAUCUAGUGGAAGAAGCUAUCCAGCAAAGACAGAAAGAAGCAAUUGAAAGGAGACAAAAGCUACUCGCAGCUUAUGAUGCAGCAGCUAAAUCAGGAGUCCCUGGACCUAAAUCACCAGAUUUUAAUGCUAUCAAUGAAUCUACCUCAGCUCCUGUUACACCUGUUGCAAAGAAACCAGUAGAUCAUUGCACAUUUGGAAGCAUUAUUCCUAAAACACCAGUUCAAAACAAUCAGAAAGUGUCAGCCAAGGCUAAGUUUCAGCAAAUGGACGCAGUCCAAAAUAAACAAGCGCCAUCCAGACCAAAGUACAUGUGCACCCUUGGUGGUACUAAAUCAAAUGUGGAAAUAACGAAUUUUUCUACCUCUUGGAAUGAUGGAAUGGCAUUUUGUGCUUUAAUUCACCAUUUCUAUCCAGAUGCAUUCGAAUUUGAGACAUUGAAUCCCAAAAACAGAAGAUACAAUUUUGAUCUCGCAUUUAGAAUCGCCGAAGAAAAAGCUGAUAUCGCUCCACUGCUUGAUGUAGAAGACAUGGUAAUAAUGAAAAAACCCGAUUGGAAAUGCGUGUUUACUUAUGUCCAAAGUUUCUACAGGAAAUUGCAUGAUAAGGAUUAAUAAGCAUGCUCCUGUUUUCUUAGCCCUAUUCACUGUGUUCUGCCGCUUCCUGAACAGACAUUUACUGUUUUGAGCGACGAAAUAUAAAAUAAUUGAUUUCAUGUAUAUAAUAUUUAUGUUAUGUUGUUAUGAUCUUAUUUACCAUUUUUUGUCAUUCUUACGAACUAUUUGAUGUUUUGAUCAGGUAAACUAAUUUUCACUUUCCUGACAAAAAAAAUGCUUAUGAUAUCAUAUUUAUUUACAUUUUGAAACUGUAACCAUCAUAUACAAGAUUUGUAUAAAAAUAUGGAGAUUCUUCUAUGCUAAAUCUAAGUAAAAAAAUCUUUCUUUUAGCAGCAAAUGUUGUGGAAAGUUAGACGUUGUGUAAGUGGCGACAUUAGUGGCGUAGUUUUGACAUUAUUGAAUUAGACAUUAGUGGCGUAGUUUUGGUGAGGGUUAGAGGGACAAAACCCCCCUUUGAAAUUAUACAUUACUUGAUUAUAAACUAUUGUUAAGUUAGGUAAGUAGGACGUAGAUAUAAAAAUGAAAAAGUUGUUUGUAAUCUAAACACUUAGAAUAUACGAGGGCUGUUUUUUAAGUGAAGUCCGUUUGAAAAUAAAAACCAAACGAAAGAAAAUUUUCACGAAGCAAACUUAUUUUUCGAUUCUAUAUACGUUUCUCUUCAUUUUUUUUUCGAAAUAGUUACUAAGUCUGCUUAAACACGUAUCAUACCUUACAACUACUAGAUAUAAAAUACCCUCUUCGUAGUAACUUGCCGCCAACUCCGAUAACAAAGAGGUCACAACUGUUUUCCCGUCUUCGGUCAUCGUUGUACUGGUUGAUGUACAAAAUGAUGUUUGAGACAUCGGAAAAGAUGAAAAUAACUUAGCGCAAGGUCCCGGCAGUAUUGAGGGGGGUCCAAAACUUCCCAGCCAAAGGAGUUCAAUAUAGCUCGGGACUUAGCUGUGCAGAUAAACAUUGUCAUGGAGUAGCAAAAAUUUCUAUGCUAGUAGGAAGCUACAUAAAAUUCACAAAUCUGCCGGUGAAUGUAUGCAUUAGACAGAUGUUUUUGAAGACUGAAAAUGCAUCACUGUCCGUACCUCUUACGUGUAUACCGUACUCAAGUUAGUAUAGAAGUGUUUCCAUAUUUUUGUUCAACCCUGUGUGUUAAAAUGAAACGAACUUUUAAAAGGAAUCGCGUUUUCUUUUCGAAAUAAAUUGGUUUGCAUACCUAUAUUUGAAGAGCAGUAUAAUCAUAAACUACAUUUUCAAAUUUCUCAGAAAGCCGUUUUUUUGUGUUUUUAUUUUGUUAAAAACAUCACAAUUACUAUGUAGGCAAGAUAAUGAUUUUGAUGCUCUGUGGCUUGUGCAAGCUUGUGAAAUAUUUUUUUUAUAAUCAGUGUUAACGAAGAGUUUAAUGUAAAAAUUUUCCCAUUGGAAGAAAUAAGGCUUACCACACUAUGCUGCCCAUUUGAUUUAUUUAAAUUUGCAGAAUGAUCUGUAGAACGUCAGAUAAUUGUACAAUGAUUUGUAAAACGUCUGAUUUUAUUCAGGAUGAGAUAAAAAUUAAAAUCUUUUAAAAUGAAUAAAUAAUUCAAAAUUCAAACGAAACAUUCUUUAUAGACGAGAUUUGACCAAGUAAAACAGCUGUUAACCAGCGAUUAAUACUAUAUAUCAGGGCUCGAAAAAACUCAGAAAUUUUUCCCGUCCCCGAGGACGGCUUGUCCAACAAUGUACCCGUCCUCCUUUGAAACUAACCCGUACCUUCUAAAUAAAUAAAGAUAUAAUUUUCUCUUU